UACUAGACCUUUGGCACUCUAGUAUCUUUGAUAUAAAUCAACUUAUUUAUUGCUGAUUUAUUGUUGAUUUAUAUGCUCUGAUACAACAGAGCAAGCUACUAAUCUACUUUUUUUAAGAUCUACUUAUGAUCUACUUCUGGCUCUAAGCUCUGAUAGCUAUGUGGGCAGGUAAACAUCUGGUUAUAUCACUGGCAACAAGAACAAGUCUCCACAUGCAGCUACAGCACACACGCAUCAUCUCGUAAAGUCUGCAUCAGUAGCCGCAUUUUUAGUGCAUCACUUGACACUGUCACUUCUACUUGAACUAGUCUAAAGUACUUUCUAUUUUUACUUCUACUUCUACUUUUGUGAUACCGAAGUUUAGAGCAACUGAUGAGUGCAUGAAACAUGGAACUAAGUACUACACACGCACAUCAUUCACUGGAAUUUGGUAGAGCCUGAGUCAACUGAUCAGUCCGAUUAUCGUCCGUAUGCAACUACCAAGAUGACACUGGACUUUGACGACGUUUUACCACACAUAGGCGGGUGGGGCAAAUACCAGAAGCUGCUGUUCUGGUUGAUCUGCGUUCCAGCAGCACUUCCAUGCGCAUUCCAUGGAUUCGUUCAGGUGUUCAUGAACGCCAUCCCUCCUCACUGGUGCCAUGUGCCGGAGUUGGCAGGCUUCCCUCUCGAGGCGCAGAAAAACCUCAGUCUUCCCUAUGAGGAGCAACUGGGAGAACUGGUGCCAAGCCAGUGCAACAUGUACGACAUAGACUACGUGCAGUUGGUGAGGGAGAAUGUGACGUGGGUGGCCAACGUGUCGUGGCCCAAGGUCCCUUGCACGCGCGGAUGGCGAUACGAACACAAGCUGUAUGAUGAAACGGUCACCACUGAAAUGGACCUGGUGUGUGACAAAAACUGGAUUGGCAUGAUGACCUACACCGUCUACUCGUUUGGUAACCUCUGUGGAAACUUCAUUUUUGGUUUUCUACAGGACUGGUUGGGAAGAAAGAAGGCUUUCUUCAUUUGUCUCACGGUUGAAACGGUGUUUGGCAUUGCGACAGCGUUUGCACCUGAGCUCAUCUCCUAUACAGUGUUCCGCUUCAUGGUUGGACUGACCGUUCCCCAGAUAUUCGUCAUCCCAUUUGUUAUAGGCAUAGAGCUGGUGGGGCCGGAGAGACGCGGCUUCACCACCAUCAUGCAGUGCGUCUCCUACUCGUCGGGCUUGCUCGUUCUCGCUGGCGUUGCCUACCUUGUCAGGGACUGGCGCAACCUGGCCCUAGCUACCAGCAUUCCCUUUAUACUGAUGUAUGGCUACUGGUGGUUUUUGCCAGAGUCAGCUAGAUGGUUACUCUCCAAGAACAGGAUAGAUGAAGCUGAAGCUAUCGUACAGAAAGCAGCGAAGGUCAAUGGUAUGACUGUGCCACCCGAACUCAUCCGCAAACUCAUGAAGGAGCAGGAGAAAGGGGAGCUGGGACAAUUGCUGCCUGGCAAGGCGAGAACUUACACAUUGCUCGAUCUCUUCCGCACACCGAACCUGCGCAAGAAGACUGUUCUUGUGUCUUUCAUAUGGCUAGUAAAUGUGAUAGUCUAUGUGGGUCUGAGCAUCUACAUUCCAAUCCUAGGAGAGUCGGACUACGUUAACUUUGCAUUGUCGUCUGCUGUAGAACUUCUGUCUUAUCCCAUCCUAUUCUGUGUAAUAGACAGGUGGGGCAGACGAUGGCCGCUGUGCAUAUCAAUGAUGUUGGGAGGAGUUGCCUGCAUUGCUACUGUGCUAGUUCCUUCAGGUUCAGAAUGGUCGUGGUUGAGCAUAACGCUGUCGCUGACUGGCAAAUUUGGUAUUUCCACGUCGUUCGUCGUCAUUUACCCACUCGCGGCCGAACUCUACCCGACAGUGGUUCGCGGUCUGGGACUGGGCUUUAGCCAAUUUUGUGGCUCAGUCGGUCUCAUUUUCAUACCCUUUGUCGUCUACCUGGGUUACCAGUACCGGGACCUACCCGCGUUUAUCAUGGGCACGGUAACACUGGUAGCAAGUGUGUUAGCUAUGGCACUGCCUGAAACCCUUAAUCAGAAGCUGCCGGAGACUGUAGAGGAGGCUGAGGAGUUUGGGAAGAACCAGCCAUUCUGUUUCUGCUGCGCACGGAGGAAGCCAAGCAUGGAUGAUGUAGCCCGUAAUGAUGAGGACCUGGCAGCAGCAAAGUCCAGCGAUGAAACUGAGAACCUAUAGAGAACUUAUUUAACAGAAAACAUGCGAUGUAUACAUGUCAAGAUCGACACGAUGCUUCCCAAUUUAUUCCGAUGCAAGAUUGUUACAUCUUUGUAAUGAUGAUGAGCACCGUUAAAUUACCGACUAAUCUGUAAUUUCAAUAACAUGGGUCCACGGUGAGAAACAACCAAUACGAACGCUUCAAUAAUACUGCUUAGAAACGCGUCUAGGUUGAGCAAAGCUAAUUUACGAGCUCGUACUAUAUAGAUACAGCAAAAUCACUUGAUUAUUAAUUGCACUUACUUUUAAAAACUAAAAUACAGUAUUUUAUAAAAUUUACUAACGCAGCGAUUUACAAAGUAACGCAUUCGUUAUUCAUUUAUACAUAUAUAUAUAUAUAUAUAUAUAUAAGUCCGGAUGCUUGAGUCUAUACUGUCGGUAGAGUGC